AAGCUCUGGGAUUUCUACUUUGGCAAAGGAAGCAUCACGCUUCCCCUCAAGAGCCCAGAGAGCAUCACCGGCGUAUCUCACUUCGGCCUCCGCGAGCGAGGACUCAGCAGAGAUUCUAUCCGCCGCAAUGCUCUCUGGGCUCUUGAGGGGAAGCGUGAUGCUUCCUUUGCCAAAGUAGAAAUCCCAGAGCUUUCUGCCCCAUAUGAAUUCCCCACCAAACCUUCCUUCCCCCCAGGUCCAGGGACCUUCACUACUUCUUCCAAGCGUGACUCCUUCAAGCCUUCCUCUUCCAAGGACGCAUUAGGUACUUUGAUGGAGGAGGAAGAGGAAGAGGAGGAUUCCGAUAAGCCUCGCGCACCACCGACACCGACCACACCUACGACUAGCUUCACCCGCAACCUUGGUCAACGCUCUCGUGCGCCGCACCUCAGGCCAUUGUCUCUCACCCCAGACGCUCUACCAUCACAAUUCCUUGCAUCACAGGCCCUCCCAACGCCAUCCUCUCCUAAGCGAGCGAGCUUGAAGGCCCUUUCCCUUGCUCCGGAUGCUUCAAACCGUGCAGGAUCUGUGCCAUCUCCGACCCCCGCUCGUCCGAGGCCCGUACUCAACAUCAAACUUGAGGCGGCAUCGCCGUCGCACGAUGACACUUCCAUGUCGAUACGUCAGCAACCAGUCCGGAAGAGCAGUAUAUCAUACAAGACGUCUUCCACGUCUUCGUCGGUCUCCAGCACCGGCCUUCCGACCCCUGAAUCGACACCAACGUGUACAGAGCGCCGUUUCUCUGGAUAUACCCACAGUUCCAUCUCCAGCCGCAGCAGUCAGGGUAGUCAGGGCAGCAUGGCCAGCAACCGUCUUAGCGUUGCCGAGGACGACUUCUUGACCAUGAACUCUGGCAAUGGACGGCCUUUGAGCGUGAGCGAGCAGCACUUUCUGUUCAAAGUCACAACGCCCUGCUCGCUCGCAUCACCGAUCUGGAACGGGCUUUGUCCUUUCGUGGCAACA